AUGACGGUGGGUGAUCUUUUGCAAGUGACCGAAUACGAGUUUAGAGUGUAUGCCUUCAACGUGUAUGGCCAGAGCGAGUACUCGGCUGUGGUGCGUGUCGCAACUACCCUACAUGUUGCCAUGGUCGUUGGGAGUGCAAUAGGCGGCACUGCAGUCCUUGUUCUGAUCGUCCUGGUUGUGUUCUUUGUGUGCUUGAAGAAGAAGAAGAAGCGCGGACAAGCAAAGAGUCACGUGUAUGCCGAGGGUUCUACAGCAACUGAAAACACCUUCCUGAAUACUUACACGACUGAAUUUUCACCUCUAAAAGUCUAUGAUGACGAGUCCUAUGCCAACUCAGUUGGAAAAGCCCUAGACAGACAAACAUCAACGGACAGUAAUCGGCGUGACAAAGUCAAACACCAUUCAAACGACGAAGAAGACUACAUGAAUUUGCGUUUGGGCACCCCACAAAGCAUGGCUGGCGAUAAGACUGUUGAAAACCGCACGUAUGGGACUACACCCUUAGCACAAAAGUCUAUCGAUACAGAGUUGGAAGACGGGGGUAUCAGCAUAACGAUAGCACACACGUCUGCAAAGAUCCCUUUUGCAGCGCGGUAUGGAAAAAGCGUACCUAUACAAGAGGAAGAAGAUGAUUAUUUAAAAAUGGAUGCACCAAGAAAACCAGAUGAGAAGAAAGGCGACGAACAAACAUCUAUGGACAGUAAUCGGUGUAACAAAGUCAAAGACCAUGCAAACGACGAAGAAGACUACAUGAAUUUGCGUUUGGGCACCCCACAAAGCAUGGCUGGCGAUAUGACUGUUGAAAAUCGCACGUAUGGGACCACACACGUAGCACAAAAGUCGAUCGAUACAAAGUUUGAACAAGGGCGUAUCAACUUAACGAUAGCACAAAUGUCUACAAAGACAACUUUUGCAGCGCGUUAUGGGAAACGCGUUCUUAUACAAGAGGAAGAAGAUGAUAAUUUAAAAAUGGAUGCACCAAGAAAACCAGCUAAACAUAUGUAUGAAAACACUCAGCUAACGCCGGUUUAA